UAUCGUCGUGCGGUUUCGUUGCAAAUAGGGCGAGCGAGAUAGGGCUUUGCUGCACAUCCGCUGGUUCCGUUGCCGUAUUUCAUCGUUUCGCCGCAAACAGUAAGCAAUAAUAUUACAGGUUUGCGUCGCGUUUGCGUUAUUAACAAGGCAACGCGAUGGUCCUGGCGGAGAGGAACUCUGAGAACGUACGAAACGGCCGAAGAUCGAGAGGCCCCAGCCCUAAUGUGCAGACGGAAUCGUCCAGCGAAGAGGAUGCAGUUCCAGCAGAGAAAAUAAGAGUUGGACGUGAUUAUCAGGUUAUAGUCCCAGAAUAUGUUCCUGUUCAUGAACGUCGAUUGGAUCAAUGUCCUGAUAGAGCAUUAUUGGUUUGGUCACCAACCACAGAUAUACCAGAUCAAAAAUUGGAUGAAUAUAUCAUAUUGGCAAAAGAGAAAUAUGGUUAUAAUGGAGAACAGGCGUUGGGAAUGUUGUUUUGGCAUAAACAUAAUUUGGAACGUGCUGUUCUGGACCUAGCUAAUUUUACACCCUUUCCUGAUGAAUGGACGGUCGAGGAUAAAGUAUUAUUUGAACAAGCGUUUCAGUUUCAUGGAAAAAGUUUCCAUCGUAUUCGUCAAAUGCUACCUGACAAGUCUAUUGCGAGCCUCGUGAAAUACUACUACAGCUGGAAGAAGACACGAACCAGGACAUCAUUGAUGGAUAGACAAGCGCGCAAAUUAACAACUGGUGGGAAGGAAGGCGAGAAUGGCAGCGAAAAUGGAAGCGAGCUUGGCUCCAAUACAGAUAGCGAAUCUGAGGAAAAAAAAUGGACGAUCCACCGCGGAAUACGUCGUGGAAAGAACCAAGCUGUGCCAGGAAGCCAAGGCACUGAUGUUAAGGCCCCGUCCGACUCGGAAAACGCCCCUCAGGUUCAGGGCUCGUGUAGCAAUUGCGGCAUAGCAUGUCAUAGUGUUCGUGCGACGCCCAAAGGACACGCGUGUCAUAGCUGCUAUCUGCACUGGAGGCGCACCGGUGUAACGAGACCGGUGACAUCGAUGGCGGGUCGUACGAAUAAACGAAAACCACCGCGGGGCUUGGUUGUGAAUCAUGAUGAUUUGGCAGCCUUGGCUGGGCAACCAAAUCAAGCUACCAACAGUUUGCAGGCUAUCGACACCGAAAUUGUUAGCCUAAAGCGUCAAAUACAAUCUAACAAGCAACAAGUGAGCGCUCUGAAGCGGAAGACAGCUGACGGCAUUGAUGAUCUACGGCCAGCUGAAGUGUCAAGCCGCAUAAACGCACGUUGGACAAAUGACGAGCUACUAUUGGCUGUUCAAGGUGUUCGAAAAUACGGAAAGGACUUCUCCGCGAUCGCCGACGUUAUCGGUACUAAAACCGAAGCCCAUUUACGAUCGUUCUUUGUCAAUUAUCGACGGAGAUACAAUUUAGACGCGGUUUUGAAAGAAUACGAGGCUGAGAAUGGCCCGAUAUUAGUCGAUGAUGACAAAGAAGACAAGAUGGACGUUGAUCAAGCAAACGAUACCGCAGAGUCAUCUCAGAAGGGAAAGACGUCCACAGGAUCCGGACAGUCCAGUAAAUAACAAACGAGUACAAUCUCAAGUACAAAACGAGAAAAAAGUAAUUGUACCCAGCGAUAACAAUCUAUAAUAGCACAUGAAAGAUUCACCGCGAGUUUUUGCCAUUAUUUUGUUUCACGCGUAGACCAUUGAAUUAUGAACGCUUAAAUUUAGAUCUUCGAAAGCGAAUUCUCACAGUACUCGGUACUGUCCCUAUGAACUCGCAGUGAAAUCAAGAAAUGGCAAAAUUAUGUAUGUAUACGUAUACAUAUUAUACACCAGAGAUUAAUUUGUUUGUUUUAAAUGUAACAUUUCACGAAUUUGAACAUAUAUGUGUAGAACUUAGAAUUAUGUAAAGCAAAAUUGAUCUCAUUUGGAGUUAUACAAUGGUGAAUUAUCAAUUUCGAAUAUCCUAAAAAUGUUAAAUCAAAAAAAAAAUCUACAAUUAAUCAAGGGAUUAUUCGUCAAAAUGUUCCAUUGAGGCUUCUGGUUUCUCGUUUUUGACAAAAUUCCCAUAGCGAGGGACUAGAAACCUUGAUUAUAAAGAAUGCAACUGUAUGUCUGUAUUUAUAUUAAUCUUUCAUCAAUCAUUGCUACUCAUGUUGUAGCAGAAAUUCCGCCGCAGUGAAACUUUCGUGAGAACUUCACUGCUUACAUAUAUGUAUAUAUAUAUUUUGUAUCACUUGUGUGCCUUCUAAAUUUUAUUGCUCUUAUAAUAAUCCUUAAUAGUCUCUUGACCUUUCUUCCUUAUUUGAUUUUAUUUUAUAAGAGCUAAAAUCUGAUUCUCAUAUAAUUCAAAAUUUACUUCGCGGCAAAUAACAAAAAUGAUACAGGUGGUCAUUGUUACGUUUAAUUCGAUCGAUUUUUACAUCACAAAUAUAGAAGCCUGUAAGUCUAAUGUACAUAUGAAAAAUAUCAGAUAUUUUAACGCUUUCCUUUCUGUAAUUACGGAUUUGAUGCAUAACUUGCAUGUUACGCUUGACAGAGCUCGAUUGUGUAAUACGGUAACAAUGUUACGAUAUGGACAAUCUUUGCCGUUGUAAGCAGUGGGCGGAAAGGAAAGAAAGUAUAUUUAAUUACAGAUGUUUGUAACAACAUCAACGGUAUACUGAAUAUUAUUAUGAUCCAUUAUGAAAUUACAGUGCAAAAAAUGUAGAUAUCGUUGUAGUAGUUCAUUAAAAAGCAUAUAUAUGCAUUAAUGAGAUCAGUCCAGGUGGUAAUAAUAGAGAGCGCACAUUUUGCGAAAUUUUAUUUAUAAACUGCAUGAUAGCAAUUAAGCAAUCAUAUUUUUGUGUGUCUACAUAAUGUAUAUAACAUAUACUCUAAAACUUUACUAUGGCGCCAGCUCUCUGUUAGAAACAUCUAUAAUUAAUAUUUAAGACACCACAGAGAAAUAUUCCUACAGAGAGAUAAACCCAUCACUUUUUAUUUUACCCUUCUUUUUCUUUAAGGCUUCUCAUCCUUUACCGUGGCCAUCUUGAUUGUUAGAAACGAGAAAAUGUAGGAUCAGAAUUCCUACAAAAUAUCGAAGUAAAAGGUAUGCUCAUAAAGUGGCACUUGUAAUUCACUGAGCGAAUUUUUAACAAGUAUCUUGCAAGUUCUCUUACAAUUUUCUCGCUUCUGACGUCAUUAAUCAACAUGGCUGCAGCGAGCGACCAGGAGUGUUAAUAUUUGAGUAAUUUUAAUAAUCCUUUCGGUUCUCCAAACACCACGAUAACGUUAACUGAUAUGGUUCAACGCGAGAUUGGCAUUCAUAUGACGAUACUCACCCGGUUGUUCUUCGUUAUCAUUUCGUUUCUGACAUUAUAUGUAUAUAUAUAUUGGAAUUAUUAUAUAUAUAAUGAAAACAUUAUAAGAAUUUAAAUGAGUUAUAUCUCUCGCAUGACAUUUUACUACGUACGUUCAAAAGAAAUCGAAUUUUUUGGCAUAAUUUAUAUUAGAGUAGACUAUAUACCGUAUGAGAGUCUAAAUUUAACAAUACUAUUAAGUAAAUAAUAGGUAGAUUUAAUUUUUAUAGUGGUAGUAACGAGACUAUUAAGAGUAUAAAUGUGUCUCUAUAUACAAUAGCAAAUAAAAAUUAUAGCGUCAUUCGAAUUUGACAGUGGGCGUGCUCCACAAGAGCAAUUGUAUUUGUUAUACGUAAAAGAACGUUAAUAAUGAAAACUGCGUUCACCGAUAGUGACAUAUCAAACAAACGUGACAGUCCUUCGGUUUAUUUUAGCUGCUCAAAUUCAGAUGAAGAUCAAGAUUACAAUGUAAAAAUGAAACAGACCAGUAGAAUAAUAGUGUAAAAAGUGUUGCUAAAUUAAAGAAAGGACUUUGCAAUUAGAUAAAUUAUUGCUAGGCGUAUAAAUAUGAAGUUAUUCGUCAUUAUUAAUGGCUGCGACGGCUAUAAGUGACGACGGAGAAUAGCCAUCAUGCGAAUGCGGAAAAGAAAAAAAGUGAUUGCACUUGGUAAAAUCAUGAUCACUGUGCUCCGAUGGAUUUCUGUAAAGGCUACGAAAUCUGCACGAGAUUCGAGCUUAGCUUUUGUCAAAUUUACUUUUCCUUUGAGAUUAAAUUUAUUCGGAUUUGACGUACUGCAAGGUGCGGAAUUAACAUGUACACGCCACAUUUUAUUUAUUUUCACAUUAGAAGAUUCGACGUUAUUUUUCGACGUUUUAAUGUAUUCGCUCAUCAUCGCUAUUACGGAGACGUUCUUUGUUCGAAACGAUAUGAGCGUGUUAAAAGGACUUAACUUUGGACGGCCCGAAAAAUAUGGCUGUAUUCGGUAAUUUUUCCUUGAAAAAAAAUUUCAGAAGAACAGAUUGUUUUUCGGGCGGGGUCGCUUGAAGUAAUAAUAUAAAGGACGAUAUGCUGUAUCGUGGAUUUGAUACGAUACCAAAACAUAUAUAUAAAUUUUCAUAGAUAUUAAGCUGUUUUGUCUUUUCGCAAGAAUCUAACAAAGUCUCGGUUGCGUGCAACCAUUCGCGAAUCGUUUUAACACUAUAAUAUGUAGCAUAAUGUAAAUACACCGUUCACACAAGCUAUAUAUUUAUACACAUUCCCGAGAAUGUGUGUGCCGCACAUUUGGCUAUACCUGUAAGUUGUACACAUGUAAUUAUUAUGCAGAAGUAUUAAAUAUGUCUUGCGCAUUUUGUGAAGACGCAUGUGUA